ACCCGAGGUGGAAAGACGUGCCGCCGAUCGCCUCUCGGCCUCCCGCGAAGUUCUCUCUCGCUCUCUCUCCCGAAGUCGAUGCUUUCAGAAAACGAAGCAUUUCUCAUUGAUACAUUUUUACUGCAUUCACUUACUCCUUCUUGCUUAUUAUUCGUGCCGUAGCAUGAUGAAUUUUGUAUUCUGGUGAAUUUUGAAGUUAUGAAAUAUUUUUUAACUUUUGUUCGCGUUUUUCAUUAACCGAAGGAAUUCAAAGGUGGUAACAAGGCAAGACAAAUUCCUGACUUUGUAAAAACACUUGAAACUUUUAAUUUGGGAGGAUAUCAUGAAAGCGGACGAACGUCGCCUUUAAAGAUAUUCAAGUUAAGGAAAAUGACGACGAAUGGAAUGGAUCUAGUUUUAAUGGUCUUCUUUUUAUUUGGUCAGACCUCAAGCGACACACUCCCCACUCUCUCUCUCUCUUCUUUCGACACAUCCUACUCCUCUUACUACGCAUCUUCCUCCUCCGAACACGCCCAUUCUCCCUCGUCUUCAUCACAUCAUCAUCAUCAUCCUCUUCGGCUUCUUCUCCUUUCCAUAAUGGAACCCCAAACCAACGCUUCAACAGCCAUUCCAGCAGCUUCCCCUUCCUGGUCCCAAGACCCCCGUCCCCGCUGUCCUCUUCCCCGAUGCAGUUGGCGGUGAAGAUCCAGCCCAAGUACAGAUCAAACUCCAAGAUCCAGCAGCCGCAACAGUCACGACGCUCCUUCGCUCACGGCCACCAGCGAUCAGCCGACGAUGACGACACUGGAGACGACGACGAUGAGUACGAGGACGAAGAGGACGACUAUUACCCGAAUUACUACGACGAGGACGGCAGGAUUAAGAACGGCAACUCGACGACCUUCGACGGCGUGAUGAAGCCCCGAGGGCCCUACUUCGCCUCGGAUAACUCCUCCAUGCGGGUUUAUUUGGGCUCGACGGCCACGCUGGAAUGCACAGUGCUCGACUUGACGAACGAAUCGGUAUCAUGGAUACGAGUCGUGGGUGAUAAGCUCGAGUUACUGACGUGGGGCUCUCACAAAUAUACAACGGACGACAGGUACACAUUAGUGAGAAAGAUCGGAGACACGUGGCAGAGGUGGCAACUGGAAAUACGAGAUGCCAGGGUAGAGGAUCAAGGGCAGUACCGCUGCCAGAUCUCUACUCAGCCACCAAUGCUCAUGUCACUGACACUGGACAUCACAGAACCAGUGGCGAGGGUCGUGGACGAACGUGGCAGAGAUGUGGUUGAUAAGCAUUACAACAGCGGCAGCAUGAUUGAGCUGAAGUGCAUCAUCGAGAAGGUCCCAUUCCCUCAUGAAAUUGUUACCUGGCGGAGGGGUGACACCCCUCUCGCGUUUAACACUUCCAGAGGAGGUAUAAGCGUAAAAGGAAGCAAAGAUUCCGACUAUAUCCGGAGUCGUUUGUAUGUGGCAAACGCCUCGCCUGCUGACUCCGGAGUUUAUUCCUGUUGGUACAGCAACUACACGAGUGACAACGUCACUGUCCACGUCAUAGCAGGUGAGAAUUCUCAAGCCAUGCAGCACGACGCGCUACCAGAGACUCCGACCACCAGCGGCUGCUUUUCAAGUCAUCUCUCACGCAGCUCUUGGAUCUACCUGUUUCUCCUCGGUUUGCUCUCCUCGUGUUACCCAGCCUCCGGAUCCGUCAGCGUGGAUUUUGACUCCCACUGCUGCUCCUGUGUACAAACAGUGUCUUUGGCUUGCACGAUCAUCAGCAGGGUCGUCAAGGGAGCUCCAAGGUUGUUCUUGAUGGAGCUCAAACCACAGUCGUUCGCUUGUCUGGGAACGCGGCUGUCCCCUGCUCCGGGUCACCAGCGGCUGCGGUCCAAUACGUCGAGUGCGUGUCUCGAGAGAUGAUAAUGUGAAGGGAAAUCCGCUGAUUUUAUAUAUACACUAUAAGCAUUUAUGAUACUCGUAUUCAUGGACGCUACUUCUACUGAUGUGUGGUAUGUAACAAUAUUUUGCACCACGAUCCUUCAUGACUUCGAUGGAAACCUAUAGCCACGAAAUAGUGCCUUCAUUUUAAUAACAACGCAUUGAAAUUUCGUCACUUUAUAUCGGAGCCGCUGAAGACACCAUCGUUUAACACUAAAGUUUUUGCGCAUUAUGUGGUUACCUAUGGAUCGUUUCCCCCGAAUUACCCUGCUGGUCCCUCUCAGUGUUCGUUAUUCAUAUAUUAAACAUACUUGAGCUUCUGUGAUGUCAUUGGGGCUGGUGUAUAUAUCCAUUGUUAAAAUAUGUAAUGAAUACAGCCAUGUUAGUGUACGAAUACCAUCAGUUAUCUCAAAGUGGAGAUGUGUGUCUGAUUUUGUAUAUGGAGAGUAGAUCAUAAUAUAAAGAUCAUCAUUCGCAAAAAUGAAGUCUGCUAAGAAGUUGCUGGAGAAUAAUUUAUUGUCGUUCAGACCGAAGCCCCCCCAAUAAUUAUAAUCGGAAACAGUGAUGCCCAUACCUUUCCUUAUCACUGACACUACUGAGAGUCAAGAGGCCCUUGUGAAGGACAGGCUUCUGCAGUAAAACCUCAAGAGUAAGUGGAGACUGAACCACGUAUAGAUCACAAAGGCGGUGAUUAGAGCUGCACACUUUUGGUAUUUUAAGCCUCUUUCCGGCAAACUUUGUAUUCUAAUAGCCGGCACAAACAAGUGCAACUUCAGUUUUCUCUCUGGUGUUAGCUAGAUAAUUCAAAUUUUGUCGGUAAGGUACUAAAUAAUACAAAACAGAAUAUUAUAAAAAAAAUAUAUUUGUAUUGUGACGACGCCAUCAGGCAAGCAGGUUAAUGGAAAUCGAGAAAGUCACUGACUGUGUGGUGUUAGCUUCUGAGUCAGCUACUGAGAAAUAUUUAUCCAACGACAUGUCCUUCCUUUGUACCACAUCCUUUUCUUUCGUGUAUUUCUGUGAUGCUGUGUCAUACUUACAAGUAAUGGGUGUGUAACUCUACCUACAAGAGCUGCUGUAGUUUCUAGGCACAUCUGAACGUUAUGGAAUAUGAAGUAUUUAACAGAACGCAUCUUUAUACAUUUGUAAAUCCACUCAUUAAUAUCACUACCUGUUGAUCAACACAGUGAAAUAGGCAGUAAACAUUCAACGAGAAAGAACACGUAUGAAGUACCGUUUUAUUUAGCUAACAGUUUAAAUAUUCUUUCUGUCUGUGUUUGGUUCUACAUUUCAUCAAACAUAUUUUAUGUAGAAAUGUUCACAUUUGUCUGUAAGAAAAGAUUUUCAGUUACAAUUAUACGGAAUAAGAGCAAUUCCUGAAAAUGGACAGGGGUCGCCUUCUAUUUUUUAGUUGACAUUUAAAAGGAAGGCCGGAGAAUAACGUUGAAAUAUUUGUGAAAAAUUCAAUGUGAAGAAAACAUUUAAUAAAAUAUCCCUUUACACUGGA